AAUACACAUUAAUUUCGCCAUGGCUUCAAAGAGUGUGAUGAAUUACUGCAGAUCAAUGGUGGCGGCGAACCAGAGCGCGUUGACACGGAGCCUCACAACUGCGACAGCGCCCAAGAUGAAGCCCGUGGCGCCGCCCACCGCAGGCGAUUUUGGAGACGACUCACACAGUGCCAGGUUCAGGGCGGCGUUGAAGGGGGAGUUCAUGCCGGUGUAUGUGGUGCUGGGGAUGAUAACGGCGGCGGUGUUGAUGGGGGCACACACCGCGAAGCAGCAGCUGGUGCACUCGCCGAACGUGAGGGUGAACAAGAAGAGGCGGGAGACACUGCCCGAGGUGGAUGAUCCC